AAAAGCUUCCACCAACUCCAUUAUUCUCGUUACUUGGUCGCACUGGAUGAUGCUUGCUUAGCUAUACAUGAUAUAUCCAAUGAAAAUUUAAAUUACUCUAGCCUACAAAUCUAAAAAGUUGGCCACUUUUUCGCAAGUAGCAACAUAAAUCAAGGGAAAAUCAAACGAAGAGCCCAUGGUUUUGUAAUUACUAGUACUUGGACUCCCUUUUCAUUGCUUGUCGUUUACAAUCACCGCACUUUUUUGCCUAUAAAAUUAGCAACCUUUGCCCAUUGCUCUUCAGUCUUCAGUCUUCAGUCUCCACCCACCUUACUGCAAGGCAAAGCCAAGAAACCAAGAACACGCCAUGGCGCCCGCGACGGCCAAGCUUGUCUCCCUCGGCUUCCUCCUCCUCGCGGCGGCCUCGUCGACGCCGCUGGCGGCGGCCACGACGCUGACGCUCCACAACCUCUGCCCGUACCCGGUGUGGCCGCUGGUGACCCCGAACACCGGCUUCCCGUCCAUCUCCGACAACACGGGCCGCCUGGACGGCGGCGGCCGCGGGCUCGUCUCCUUCCGCUUCCCGCCGAGCUUCUGGGCGGGCCGCGUGGUGGCGCGCACGGGCUGCCGCAGCGGCGGCUCCGCGUGCGAGACGGGCGCCUCGCCGCCGGCGACGGUGGUGCAGCUGGUGGUGCACGCGGAGGGGCAGGACCUGGCGGCGUACAGCGUGAGCCUGGUGGACGGGUUCAACGUGCCGGCGGUGGUGAGCCCGCAGGCGGUGGGCGGCGGGCAGUGCCCCGCCCUCGGGUGCGCGGCGGAGCUGAACGCCGAGUGCCCCCGCGCGCAGCGCGUGGUCGGGGCGCGCGGCGAGGUGGUGGCGUGCAGGGGCCCCGCGGGGUACUUCAAGGAGCGGUGCCCGCUGACGCGCACCACACCCGCCGACGUGGAGCCCGUGCCGCAGCGGUGCUUCGGCCCCGGCGAGCUCAAGGUCGUCUUCUGCCAGUCCGCCAUGGUGAACGCCGCCGCAGGCGUCGCCGGCGAGGCCACCGGGCACAUCCGCACCGUCGUCGCCGACAACUAGAGCCUAGCUAGCUAGCUGCUGUGCCUGGGCAGCCAGAAAGACGCCGGUGGCCGCCGGCCUCUGUUUAGUGCGCAAUGAUGGUAGAUUAAGGAGGUAAUUUAGCGUGUGUUAGUGUUGUGAGACCGUGUCAGUGUUCGUGUGUGGUGGUGACCGUUGGCUUGGUUGCCAAGUGUCCGGCCGGCCGUGACGAGUGAAUAAAUGCAUGCAUUGAGCACACGCAUGCGUCAUGUAGUAUGUUUUUUGAAUUUGUGACAAGUGUCAUGAUGUCUCA